GGAAGAUGCCAGAGUGACAACACUGACCUUUACUGACUCUCAACUGUUAGAGACUUAACUAAACUACAGAAUUUAAUUGUUAUGAAUGAUGGUUAAAUAUAGCACUGAUUACAUUUCACUUCAUAUUUUAUCGUAAGGUCAGGAUCUGCAAAUCACCACAAUGAACACCAGUGGGCCUGUGGAAUAUUUCAUCCUCGAUGGACUGAAGGACAGAUAUGUGCUUCCCAUUUUCUUCACUGUCUAUGUUUCUAUUCUGAGUGGAAACAGCAUGAUCAUUUAUCUUGUUAGAACUGACCCCAAGCUCAACACUCCUAUGUAUUUUUUCCUUCAUAAUUUAUCCUUUUCUGAUAUUGUGUACACAUCAGUGACCAUUCCCAAAAUGCUGUCAGUGUUGCUGACUGAUGUCAAGACCAUUUCCAAAACAGGAUGCUUUGUACAGAUGUACUUUUUUCUCUCAACUGGAGUGACAGGGCGUGCUUUGCUAACCGUGAUGGCGUUUGAUCGGUACGUAGCAAUUUGUAACCCCCUUCGGUACACGACUAUCAUGACUAGGCGGCUCUGUAUUCUAUUGAUAUUUGCUUCUUGGGGUUUUGGGGCUGUUCUAGUGAUGCCUGUAGCUAUUUGGGCGACUCAGCUGCCUUACUGUGGGCCUAAUAUCGUUAGGCACAUGUUCUGUGAUCACUCUUCAGUAGUGAGUCUUGCCUGUGUUGACACCACCAGGAAUGGUAUUGUGUCCCUAACAAAUGCCCUCAUUGCACUUCUCAGUACAUUCCUUUUCAUCUUAAUUUCAUAUGUCUGUAUUGGCAAAGCUAUGAGAAAAAUGAGCAAGGCACAGCAGCUCAAAGUUGCGGCCACUUGUGUGUCCCACCUGAUAGUGGUGUGUAUCUCAUAUGUUUCAGCCACCUUUGUGUAUAUCUCAUAUCGAGUUGCUAGAUUUGACCCAGAUGUUCGCAUAGUCAUUGCUGUGCUGUACUCUGUGCUCACACCCCUGCUGAACCCCAUCAUUUACAGCUUGAGGAAUAAAGAACUGCAAGAUGCAAUGAAGAGAGCGUUUUGUAGAUGCACUGUUACUUUUAAAACCUCCAGGAAAACAGUUCCUUCUGUUGCUUAGAAUCUGCAUAAAUCUGUUUAUUGUGAAAACAAUUCAAUUUCAUCCAUUAGAAAGUAUGGAUAUGUGUGGAACAAACAAGACUGAAGCAAAUGAUACAUAUAUAAGCCUGGUUAUUGUGUAGUUGAAACAUUCAGUUGAUUAUUACAGUUAUAGAAAUCUGAAAAUUUCUUUCACUCCAUUGUAUUUUCAGUAAUGCAAGAAAUCAACAAAUCUACUAUUAUAAUUUUGAUAUUAUAAUUUUGUUUGAUUGCUUGUUUUUCCAUGUAAGAUACUAUAUUUUUAUCCAUUACUUGAAUCAUAAAAAUUGUCAAAGUGAUUUCAGAUUAUAAUUUCUAAUAUGUUUUAGGAUUGUUAAAACUGUAUACGUAAUGUUCAUAUCAUGAGGAAAUAUUACAUUUAAAAAUAUACCAUUUAAAAAAUCGCAAUUCCAUUUUUAUUUUAAAUGAUCUCUGAAUACCACUGAGGUGGUUUUAAGGCCAAUUCACAUUGCACAGUCAAACGCCAACAAACACAAUCAACCAAGUUGGCAGUUGGAUUUAGAAAUUUUAUGAAAAAAUUUGUUGGCCCCAACAGACCCCAACAAACACUGAUUGCACAUGUUCAGUCAGGUGAAAACAAACUCCAACCAACUCCAACAGAUGCCAACAGGGGUAACACACUGAUCAGACAAAACCUAACAAACGUCUGCUUUAGGCUGGUGGGGCUUUUAUUUUGUUACAUUAAAAAUGUUUUUUUGGGGGGCUAGGGCCCUGGAGCUCUGUGGAAGGCUGUUUUCACACCCUUGCUAUUGCUUCCUCUCUAUUGAGAGUUUGUUAGAAGCUCUUAGCAGGUGUUUUUCUUUAGAAUGGUUUGAUAGUAUGGCAAGCUAUUUUAUCAUCUAGCUGCCCUUUACUUCUGAAACCUCCUAACUAUGUUGAGUUUCAGUUUAUUCCUUUUUAGUGUAGGACGUCUGGCCUCCGUUUCAGGUCCCUUCCCUUAGGUUGCAUUAAUGCGGUUCUGUCUGAACCUCUGCUCCCUUGAGCUCCAGGUCUUAACAUGACCUAUUUGGGUAGUGUUUUUUGUGUUAUUUGCUCAGUCGAGCUUUGUGUUUGUCCUAGCGUCUGCCUUUUUCUUAGGCCGCCUUGACAUUCCUGAGUGUGUUGGCCCUCUCUGUUAUUAUAUUUGGAGGGCCUCCGCUCCCUGAGCUCCAGGCUGUUUCUCCUUGUUGUUUUGGCCUUUUUUUGGCCACCUUGGGGGUUUUUAUUUUUGCCAGCCUCCUCUCUUAUGAGAGUCGUUAGGUUCAAACUGCUACCCUGCUGAGUGCCAGCUUUUUCUUUAAAAUGUUUUUUUCUGGUAGGCGCCCAGGUUUUGUUUUUUUAACUUUAUGGGUUUUAGCCUCCACUGAGCCUCAGUGAGGCCAUGUUCAGAGGGUCGGUUCUGUCCUGACCUAGGCAGACAUUGUCAACCUGUUCUGACUAUUUCAGCAGUAGGUGUUGGCUGCUUCAUUUUCAGCCUCCCUUGCUAGUCGCUGAGCUCAUGUUUGCCUCCCCUCUCGUCAGGGUUGCUUUUGGUCAGGGGCCCACCUUCUGCAUUAGGCUAAGAAUGCGAGUAGCAGGUCCUGCGGGCUCUUCUCCUUUAUUCCUUUACUAUGAACUUCUUUACUUGCAAGAUUGAUAAUAUUAGUGAGAAAAUUAUAACCAUGAAACUGUCUACUACAAUAUUGCAUCAGUUAGUGCAUUGUAAAAAUUCCAUUCUUUUGUUGCUACAGGAGAGAAAGAAUCGUCUAAACUCGUUAAAUCUUCUAAAUCAACAACAUGUAUGUUAGUCCCUAUACUGACUAAGCUACAGAAAAAGAUGUUUCCACAGGUCAUAGAUCCUCUUCUUAAUAUUAUUAAUUCACCUUUGUCACUAGGAUACGUACCAAAAACGUUUAAGCUGGCUAUUAUUAAAACACUCAUUAAAAAAAAAA